AUGGCGACGGGCGGUCCAGGUGACCUCGGCGAGCCCCCGGGGGUGUCCGAGGAGACGCGCGGGGAAGUUGCGAGUUCUCAGCCGGCACCCGGUUCUGAAUCUCACGAGGUCGAGACGCAUGCGCCCCAUGCAAAACGCGAACAGGCCGCUGCGUGCCCUUCAGAUCAACCCCGAAACGACGACGCCGGAAAUCGCCUCUCCAGCGGCGCGCCGAACGCGCCUGCCAAUCCCUACGGUUCCCGCGUGCAUGCAGAUUCGGACCGGCCUCGAGAGGCAACCCAUAUAGAACCUGCACGGUUCCAGUCGCGGCCCCGCGCAGAACUUUCAUCUCCGGGUAACGCGGCAACCGGCCGCUGCGAGGGAUCGAGGCACCACUCGGCACAGGUCUUGGAGCAGCACGAACGAAGGCUCCAACUGCUUGCGCGGUAUCAGAGACACCAGACGCGGGUUGUGGCGUCGAGUCGGGCCGUCGAGACCGAGCUUCUAACGCUGUGUGGCGAGACGAAGAAGAAGGCGCCUCACGUCAAAGAAGCGGCAGAGCGGGCGCUUCUGCACAUCCAGGACUUCCGGGACAAGGCAGAAGCAUCGAUAGAGACGCUAUCGCGAGCAGCCUCCUCUGCGAGUUCCUUUGCGGAAGAGGCGGCCGCCGCGGAGGCUGCGGAAGCCAUCUUCCGCUCUUUUCCCGUCAAAGAGGUGCUCCUUGUCGCUUCGCAUGCAGUCCGGACGCACAGCUCUAAAAUUUCUCUGCUUGCCCUCUCGCUCCUCCAGCGCCUUCUUACCAGUCACCAGCGUCAGCUGCUUCUUCUCCCCUGCGCUCCGGAAGACUCUCUUCUGCUGCCGUGGCCGACGCCAGCUCGUGCACACGAGGAGGAACCCGACGACGGCUCGGACUCCGGGACGGCGUCGGCGUCUCGGACGCUUCCGGCGGGUGUCUCCGCUCCUUCUUCCCGUUGUGUCGGCCUCACCGCGUCGGAGGAACGCGCAGACAAUGCUGCCUGCGCAGACUCUGCGCGGCACUUCACUUCUUUGGAUUCGUCCUCGGAUGUCGGCCUUCCAGUUGACGUUUGGCGACUCCGAGAACAGGCCGAGGCGGAGUUGGCGGCCACCGCUGCGUCCGACGUCCUUCUGCUUCUGGCUGUCUUGGAGGAACUGCUUUUUCGCCACCAGGGAGACGACGAGCACUUUGUGCAGCUGAAGGUUCUCCAAACCGCCCUCCUUCUCCUCGCUCCGGACUCCUCCGUGGCGGCCGACGCGUCUGUCGCGCACCGCCUGCUGCGGCUCUUCUUCUCGCUCUAUCGCCAAGCGAGCGGCGGCGCGAGCCCGCUCGCCCUCGUUGUCUCCUCUGUCUCGUCGCCGGCGGAUCCUCGUCUCUUCGCAGGCAACGGCGCACAAACCCUAGCCGCGGGAAGCGGCGGAGGUGCCCACUCGAGCGCCGUCUCCCACACUGCAUGCGCUGCCAUGACGCAGCUGGCCGCGUGCCUCGUCGACGCCGCUGGACGCGCGUUGAAUGCGCAGCGGAUUAGGGACCGACGCUGGAGAGGAGGAACUCGCGACGCGGUUGGAAAGACCGACGACGGCGCAGAAGGCACGGAGGCUGUGGGACCUCGAGCGUUGAUUGCGUCUGCCUCAGACGCGCUGCAGACUGCGUCCUGGACACGUCCCCUCGAAGAGCUGCUCGCCGUUCCCUCGCUCGCAGGAGCCGCCGAGGGGCUGCAUGCGCCGCUGGGGGAUUUGAAUCCUCAGCAGCGAGCGAAGCCACAGGGCGCGGACGAGGGAGGCGACGCGCUCGAGGAAGGCUGUGGGUUCCAGGAGGAAGCCCAUGAAGCGGCGGAUCGCGCGGAGCGCCGCGCACCCUCGCAACAGUGGUCGAGUGAAGAGGAACGGCCUCCUCGAUGGAGUGUAGAGACACCUGGAGCUGUCGCGACUCUCGAACAGCUGCUGACGCAGCUGUGUGCGAACUGCCGCGGCAUCUCGAGCGGCGCCCUGUCCGAAAGGACUGACAUUUCUUCGUCCUUUUGUUCGCCAGGCAAAGAGGCCCCCGGGGGAGGCCAGCGCGAGAAUGGGGACGAAGCAGAGCCGAGCGCUUUCCAAGAAACUCUGGCUCAGAGCGCAUCUUCACACGGAGCACAGACUGCUGCUCAGAGUUGCGAAGCUGUUCAAGGGGGCCGAAGCGAGAGUUCCUCCUGGUCCCCGUUUUCGCGUCCGACCUUCUCCUUCUUCUCUUCUCCAGGGCGUGGAGGUUCGGGAACGGCCCGGGGCGAGGACAAGGAAAGCAGCAGGGAGAAUCGUCGGCGCUCUUCCUCUCGGCCGGUCGCCACAGACUUUCUUCUGCUGCAUCUGCCUCGCGGAGUCGCGGUGCAUUUACUCGAGAACUGCAUGCGUCGCGGAGGGCCUCUUUUCGUCCAGCACCGAGGCCUGAUGCGGAUUCUGAAGCAGGAAAUAUGCCCGGCGCUCCGCGAGCUUCUUCUCCACCACGCCUACGAAUUCGUCACGCUCGUGCGGGCGCUCCGGGUCUUCAUUUUCGUCGCCCGCCAGUUCGGCCCCUUUCUCCUCGACGAACUGCAGACGCUGCUGCCGGCUAUUCUGCGACGCACUGAGGCUGACGCGCCGCUCUGGCAGCGCGUCGUCGCCCUGGAGACAAUCAAGGAAAUCUGCGGGCGCCCGGCGCUCCUCCUCCUCCUCCACGCCGGAGGACGCGAGCAGUGUUGGGGCGGGCAGACACGCCCUCGGUUUUCCUCGCGUGCAUCUGCUUCGUCCCUCGAAGGCGAAGACGAGCACGGCGAAGCGAGAAAGACCAAGAUGGUGCCGGCAGCGGAGCGGGGCCCAGAAGACGAAAGCAUCGUCACUGCUCUCGUCGAAGCUCUGGGAAAGACGGUCCACCAGUUGUGCUUUGUCGGCUCCUUCGACUCCCAGGCGCGUCUCCUGUCCACUUUAGAUCUCGUGCAGCCUCCCUAUCUCUCCCCUCUAAUCCUCCCGGUCCUCCUCCCCGCUGACGCCGUUCUUCUUCUCCUAAGCGCUCUCCCCAAUGCCCUCGAACCGUGUCCUCCUUCGCGUUCUGCGGCUCAGGAGGGCGCGCGCUUCCUGGCCUCGACGGGCUGUUUCGACCUCAGUGCGGGGCGGUAUGCCGUGUCUCCGUCGCCGCUGUCAGGGGCUGCCUGCGCGGCAGCCGUCUGUGCGUGGUCUGCUCUCUGUCGCGAAGAAGACGAGGCGCGCCCCCAUGUUUCGCGCGCCGAAGGCCAGCGGAGCGAGGGGAAGAAGCUGCGUCGCAAAGACCGGGUGUUUCGCUGGGACUUCAAAACCGCGUCGAAGAAACCCAAAGACAGAAACACGCGUCUCCUGGACAAAGCAUCGGACUUGGCGAGCGCGUGCGACGGGCCCAGCGCCACGAAAUCUCAAAGCACCUCUUUUUCGCAGCAGCUGCAUGCGUCGAUAGCUGUAGGCCUCGCGCUGGACGGCCUGCUGAACAUUGUGGAGUCGCUUUGUCUCCUCUCUUUCUCGCCUGAUGCGCCGACGACGUCGCUCGGCCCCGAGAGCCGCGCACCGACGCGCGCGAGACUGAAGAACAGCGAGAGGGAGCAGCAGGGGAGCGAGGAAGAGGCGAAGAGGGAAGGAGAGGUCGGCGAAGAUUCGAGAGAAAGACGUGAGAGACGGAGCGCCGACCAGGAAGCCAGCGGGAGAGAAGGCGGCGUCUGCGAAGUCCCAUGGUCAGAUGCGCUUCUUCUUCCUCAACAGCAGUACCUACCUCUCCCUCUAACUCGGCACCAGGCGAUCUGUCGGACGAUCCUGGGCGCCGCGUGGGGGCCGAUUCUGUCGGCGGUGACUCUGAUUUUUUCGGCCAUUUCGUCGCCUUCGUGUGAGGCGCCGAACGCGUCCGCGCCGGACGCCCCGUCGCCUCUCCAUCUUCUCCCUCUCAUGCAGUGUCUCCACAACCUCGUGUGCCUGAGCUGCGUCUUCCGCCUCGAAGCCGCUCGCCUCGCUCUCGUUCUCUGUCUCGCCCGCUUCGCUUUGCCCUUCUCGGCCGAGGGCCGCGCCUCUUCUCAGGCUUCCUCGAGCUCGACCGCCAAGGCGGGUUUUUCCUCUUCAGGGCACGUCUCUGAAAACGGGGGCUCUGCGGGCUUUGCGGAUGUGGCUUCUCCCGCGUCCUCUCACGCUCGCAAAACCCAUCCCUUCUGGCCCAUGCCUCCAGGCUUCUCUCUCGGCGGCUUCUUCGCUCCCUCGUCGCGCCCUGCGUCGCUCUCUUCCUCGUUUCCCCUCGCCUCGAGCGGGGCGGGCGGGGCGAGCGCGGCCGCCGAGGGUGCCGAAGGCGAUCGCUUCCUCCGGCGCGGCUCCGCGGCGGUCGGGGCGCCCCCGGGCCCGCAGGGACUCUCUGCCUCGCGGAGGGAGGACGAGACACUCCUUGCGUCCUCGCCCCUCUCGUCUCUCUCGCUCAGCUGCUUCACUUCGCUCCUGUCCAUCUGCGGGUACUUUGGCAACAUCUUGGGCACCCGAAGCUGGGCCGCGGCGCUCCGCGCUCUGCAAGAACUGCAUGCGCUCCUGCAGCUCCGAGGUCUGCUCGGCCCGCCGCUCGCCUUGGCCGACCUCCAGCCCCGAACCAUGCCGACGGCCGGCAGCGAGGCCGACGACGAAGAGAGGAGGCAAGCUGCGGCGAGAGGCCCUGCGCCUCUGUCCCCCUCGGAGAUCGUCGCUCUUCUCGAGAUGCUCCAGCAGCUCCAGGGAGGAGGCCUAAACCCCGCGCGAGAGGAGAAAGAAAGCCGCGCGGCCCGCGCAGAAGGCUUGGACGGCGACUUGAUGCGCGAGGUCUUCCACUUCAUGAAGAAGAAACAGCGCGCCCAGUGCGCGCCGGGCGUCUCGUCUUGCCCUUCCGUCUCGGCGAGAAGCGGCGCGGCCGCUCCCCGGAGCCUUCAGGCUCUCACGCUCUGCGUCAAAGUUCGACUGACUGCUGUCGCAGCGGCUGCGACAGAGCAGGGACCGGGUCUCCUGAUGGAGACGUCUCACGAGCCUCCUUUCUCUGCUCCGAUCUCGCCAGAGACACUCGCCGCACGCCCCUCAGCCUCGACCGGCACCGCCCCCACGUCCGACGCUGCGGCCGGAGCGAGGCUCGUUGCGGCGCCGCCCGGCGAGUUGAGCCUGCAGCAGUUUAACCAGGACGUGCUUCUCCGUCUCGCAGCUUCGCUUGAGCUCCUCUUUGACUUCUUUCCGCUCUCUUUGUCCGACGAAGGCCUCGACGCGCUCGUCGCCGCCCUCGGCCGCCUCGCGCUUCAGCAGCCCCUGGACCCUCACGCCCCGUCGGGCACUCCCCCGGAGCGGGCGCAGAGCGCACAGGCUGACCCGCCGGCUCUCACUUCUGAUCUGCCGGCGUCGCCACUCUCGGGUCCGCCUUCUUCGCCGCUUCCUUCUUCGCUUUCGUCUCCGCUGUUUGCAGCCUCGACUGCGCCUCGCGUGGGGCAGACGUUCCGCCUCCCGGAAGCCGCAGGGGCCCCGCAUGCAUCUGGGUCCACCGCGCCGCGGGAGAUCGUCUACUCCCUCCCCUCUUCGUCGGCGUCCUCGUGGGCGUACUUCGAGUCCAGCUGGGCUGGCGCGGAGGCUCGAAGCGAAGAGGAGGACAUCCAAAGCUUCCCGCUCGGGCGCCUCGUCGAGCUCUGUUUCUUCAAUCUCCACCGGCCAUGCUUCCCGCGUCUCGCCCAGGGGCUCCUCGCACCCCUCGUGUCUCUCGCCACGGCCAGUCGCGCGAAAAGCGACGCACAAGUGGGCGCGGUGUCGGCGCUGUGCAUCGCUCUGGAGUUGCUGCUUCCCGCGCUCCGCUGCCGAAGCCGAGCGCGCCUGCGCUGGACGCCCUCUGCACGUUCUCCAGAAACCCAGAAACCGCCUACAGGGCCCGAGCGAACCCAGGAACUGACAGAGCGGCGAACCGGGGCCGCGCGCGGCGCAGCCGCAGGCGCCAGCCUUGAGGGAAGGCUCGGAGAUGCAGAUGGCGUGAACGGGGAGAGAGACGGGGAAACCCGAGGGGAGGCGUCGCCCAGCUGGAUUCUCUGCCGGGAGUAUUUCUUGGCGCGGCUCGGCGUUUUUGCCGGAGACGCAGAGGGCGAGGGAAACGCAGUGCGGUCCCAAAUCCGCGAGGAAGACGAGGAAGACCAACUCGCGCUCCUCGCCCCUCUCUGCUCGCUUCUCAUCGCGGCCUUCCCGGGAUCCAGACUCCGCGCCAUGCUCGCCCUCCAUCGGCUCCUCACGCGCCGCGGGGACUGCCUUCUGCCGCGCGGAUGGGCGUGCAUUUUCAGCGCGCUCGGAACGGCCACGGAGCUCCAACUCGGCGGCGCCUACCAGCGCGUCCUGCGGCGUCUGGCGGCGCUCACGGCCGAAGAAAGCGUGACUGGAGCGCGCGAAGGGGCGAGAGACGCAGAGAAAACGACCCAGGAAGGAAACGAAGUGGAAGCGAGAGAAGGGAGAACAGAGAUCGAGGGGAGAGGCGGACUCGGACUGGAAAGAGAGAUCAAGGCUCUCUUUGCGCUCUUCGAACUCCUCGUUCAGGACUUUGUUGAAGACGUUCCUCUUAGUCCUGGAUGGCGCACGCUAGCUGCCUCCAUCGCCGCCUUCGCCAGAUGCUCCAGCCUCGGAAGUUCCAUGGCCUUCCGCGCCGUCGGCUUCCUCUGGUCUCUCGCGGACGCCUUGGGGCGGCGGCAGCGGUGGACAGACUCUUCCGAGAAACGCGGAGCCACCUCCCGCCCUCCGGGCGCCGCGCAUGCAGCGGAAGAGCGGGAAGGCGAGCCUAUGCACGAAGAGAGAAACGGAAGUUGCGACGGCAGCGCAGGCGAAGACGGUCGCGAGAAAGGGGUAGCGCGCGGUUCCGCCCGCGUCGAGCCUUGCGAACGCGCGCCCGCUUCCGCGGUGUCUCCGCCCGCCUCGCCUCGCUGGUCUAGUGAGCGCGGAGUGUCGAUAGAAAGUCUGUGGACCGAACUUUUCCUGCUUCUGCGUCUGUUGGCGAUAGAUCCGCGGCCAGAAGUCCGGAACUGCGCCCUGCGGAGCCUCACGAGCGCAGUGCGGACGCACGGCCUCAGCCCAGCGCCCCCGCGAGGCCAGGGCGAGGAGACAGGGGACAGGCAAGAGUCUGGCCCCACACCAGUCAAAGCCGCCGCACAGACGCGUGGGAAGGCGGCUGCAACGACCGAGAUUGCCUCCAAGGCGGAGGCAGAUUCGUGGGAUCUGAGAAGCGGCGCGGAACCCGACCGGGAGGAGGACGCGCGGCGUCCUCGAGACGAGAAGAGAGAUUGGUCUUGGGAACGCUGCGUUUUGGACAUCGUUGUUGCCACUCUAUCGGACGUUCACAGCGCCUACACGCGAGUGCGCGUGACGGUGCAGAGAGAAAGGCGAGAAGCGCAGGAAGGCGACAGCACUGGAACCGGCCGAGUGGACGUUGGCGUAGAAGCGGUUGCGUCCGCAGCCUGCCGACUUCUCCUUCUCGUCCAGGAGGCUCUUCUGUCUCCUCACUCGGCCGCGGAAAUACUCGUCGCCGCCGCCAAGACGCUCGCCGACAUCCUCAAACUCCCCCAAGCGCGAGUCGAGCUCUCAUCUCUUCGUUCAGUCUCUGGCGGCUUGGGAAGGGGCGGCGAACUUUCCAACGCGCCGCAGAGUGUUUGGAGUUUCGGGUGGGAGAUCUACUGGCGCUUCGUUCUUCAUCUUUUGAGCCCUGUGCCUCCGUCGGCUGAGUUGACAUCCACGCCUUCCUCCGUCUCGCUCUCCGUUUCUCUCCCGAAUGGAGACGGCGCAUCUCUUCCUUCCUCUUCGGCUCCGGUUGUUGGUGUUCGGCAGAUGAGAGAGGCCAUUCCCGAUCGCCUGGUGGAGGUUUUGACGACGAAGAUGCACGAGGUGCUAGAGGCUUCGAGCGCUUGCGUCGGAGCGAAAAGAGGGUGGUACUCCGCGAGGGAUCUGGAGAGAAGAAAAGCGGACGUCGACGGGAGCCUCUCGCUCUCGAGACCGGAGAGCGUCGCGCCGGGCGGGUCUGCGGCGACGAACCAGAGAGAGAGAGACGGCCUAGGGAAAAAGGCAGCGCCGGAAAAGAAGGCUCUCGAAGCAGAGGGGCGGCCUGUCCCCGUUUCCAAAGAUGCCGGAGACGCGGCUGGAGCGGAACGCGACGAAGAUCUCUUCCCACUGCUGGAGUCCGUCGUCGCCUUUCAACUGUACCUCGUGCUGCUGACGAAUCCGGCGUAUAUUCGAAGAUACGGGCGACGCAUUGACGGAGCGCUGGACGGUCUCUUGUCGCAGGCAGGCGAGGGAGAGCGCCGCGUUGAGGCAGGCUCGAAGGUUAUCGCUGCGCCGAAAGACGCCCGACGGGCAGAGACUCCUGGUUGCCGUUUUUCGUCUCCCCAGGAGGGGGUGGCGAGAGGAGCGUUCGACAAGGCGGCGGCAGAAGCCUCCGGCACGGCAGACUUCGAGUGUGAGGCAGAACCAGCAGACGAAUCAGACGGGAGCUUUGCGGCAAACGGAGGCGAAGGAGUGGACCUUCUCUCGACCCUCUGCCGAGGACGUUCACAGCCGUCUCUGCCGCUCUCUCGCCCAGGAGGCUGUGCUCUGCCUUCUUCUCUCGUUCUCUCCGUCCUUAACUUUGCACGCACCGCGCCGAGUCCUGCGCUCUCCCUUCCGCUCUGUUCGUCGUCGCCCCACUUGUCUUCGCCGACCUGCGGCUUGUUCCCGACUCCCCCGCUGUUUGCCGCGUUGCUGGCUUCGACUGAGUUGCAGAAAGCGUCGCUGCACUCCCUGGUGACCGCACUGCCUGUCUACGUCGGCAGCGCUCCGCAGCGCGGGGCGGAGCCGAGCGGUCACCGGGCGCCUGUCGUACAAGCCUCCGAGUCGUUUCGCGAAGCCUCCGUCCACGGCUAUCCCGCGUCGGGGGAGGACGUCUCCGGCUCCCCCACGUCUCCCUGGGCCGUGAGCGCGGUUUCGCGGAAUCCGUUCCAGAGCGGCCAGCAGGAAGAGCAGGAAGUUGGCCAGGCGGAAGGGGCGGAGCUCGGAGUCCCAGAUGAAGAGGCGAAGAAUCCGUUCUCGCCUUCAGUCAGCGACCGGCAAGCAGCUUCUUGGGCGCGGCCGAGUGCAGAGCGCAGGGGAGACUCUCAGGGGCCGCCCUGCGGCGGUUCGACGGGACGGGGAGUCCCGAGACAGCCUGGGGACAGGCCUCGCGCCCCCGUUCACGCGUUGGAGUCUGCGACUGCCAUUGGAGAGGAGACCAGCGCACAGGACGGCCUUCUGUUGCUGGACGGGGUUCGCGAGAGGCUCGCGCUGUCUCCCUUUCUCCCGCCUCUGCGCUCGUCUGUCGCCUUACUCGCUGCGUUGCUCCAGAGACGAAAGACCGGCGACGGCGAGCGAGAAGAGAGACAAAAGCAGGAAGACGCCGGAGAGGAGCCAGCGGGAAGGGACGCCGGGACGCGUCGGGAGAGGGGAGAAGAAGGCGAGGGCGCGCCCUCGGAAAGCGACUGCGACGCAUGCGGUCGAGGUGGAGCAGCCGACACACCCAAAGAGGACGCGACCAGAGACCAGGAAGAAGUGAAGAGGCUCUUGGCGGAGACAGCGGACGUGAGACGGCAGCGCGCUCUCGAGGACGCGCUACAGCGUCUCCUGCGUCACCAGCCGAUUGUCAGUGCCGUGCGCAUCUCGACGGCGCAGGCACCUCUCCUGGAAGCCCUCAUGGAUGUGUGCCCGAGUCCCGUCGACAAUCCGGCGGCCUUCUCUCAGCUCUUUCCGCUCUUCCUCAGCGAGCUCGGCGAGACGUUCCUCCGCCCACCCGCGCUCUUCCGGGAUGCGGCGAGCCUGGCAGUGGGUUGUCGCGUGCUGCUGGAGCUUCAACUCUUCUUUCGCGCCUCCUUCGUCUCGCUCCUAUGGCAGGAUUUUGCGCGCAUGCGGAAGUUCCUUUGCGCCUCUCUCGCGGCGCCUUCGCCCGCCGGCCGCUCCGGAGAAGGCCGGAACGGCGAGGCGGCAGGCCGGGAAGACGCCGGGCGAGAAGCACAGCUGGAGCCGGACGAGGCGUGGAAGGGUGCGGAGGCGAACGGAGCAACCCGGGAGACAGAGCACGUGGCGCAGGAAGGCAGGCGCGGUGGCGGAGGCGAGAAGGUCCGGCGAGAGCGCGAGAAGGCGCGGACGAAGCCGGAGCGACGGCUUUUCGCCCGGAGCGGAAGCAUCUCGAGUCACCGGCCCCAGCAAGUCGCCGUCUUGUGUCAGUACGCGACCGCCACGGGCAUUCAAAUCGCCACGCCGCAGCCGACGCUGAAGUGUCUCCAGUCUGAGGCGCGAGGCGACUGCAGAAGGCGCAGUGAGGGAAGCUGGAGGGAAGGCGAAGGCCCGCAAGGCGACACCCGCCAGCAGGUCGGCCGCUCCCAAGAAGAGCAAAGUCCUCAGAGAGACGAAGGAAAUGCCGCGGGAGGUGCGGAGGGAGAGGAGGACGAAAGCAAGGCCGAGAACGACAGUGGAAAGGAAGAGAAAGGAAGCGACAAGAGAGGUGAAAGUGACGGUAAAGACGCGCGUGUCGGACUUGCAGGGCGGAACACGGAGGAGACGCGCGCCCCCGUCUUGGCGUGUGCCUGCCGCUCUCGUCCGUGCCUCCAGUGCACGUGUGAGCACAGUCCUACAGCUGUUCUUCUGCGCUCGCUUGCGCGGCUCCUCAACGCGCUGGUGUCCAUAGCCUCCAGUCGCGCCUCGCCUGCCCUGGAUCGUCUCCAGGUGUGGAAAGUGUCUCUGCAGACUGCAUGCGUUCUCAUCGAAGACGCCUCCUGUUUCCUGUCGCAUCGCAGCUGGCUUUCGCCGAGUCCGGCCGCAGCUGCGUGCCCGCCGCACUGUCCAGCGUUCGAAAGCCAUGGCGAAAACGCUUCUCGCGACGUCGGGAAAAGCUUCUGGACAGCCGCCACACACGCGCUGCGCCGCAUGCUCCUCACGCUCUCCACGCCUCCGCCUCCUGCCUCUCCGUUCGCGCCUUCGGGUUCGCCGUUUUCGCCUUCUGCGCAGGCCAAAGGCGCCGAGGCGAGCAGUGAAGGCGGGCGACACCGGGGAGCGCGAACGCGCACGGACGGGGCGGAGACAGGUUCGGCUGCUGCCCUUCCUUCCGCCUUCUUCUUCGACCGAUGGAUCCUCAGAAUUGCUGCCGAAACGCUGGCAAGGCCCGCACCCAGACACGAACCCUCGGCGAGAUUCUACCCCUUCUUUGUCAGUGUCCUGGACCACUACUGCUCUGCAGGCAGUGAGAGACCUGCGGUCAUCGCUCACGAAGCCUUCUGCACGCUCUUUGAUCUCUCGGAGGAUCGCUUUUCUCGCCUCGACGCGUCUCUGUCUCCUUGUCCGUCUCUGUCCGCGUCGGGCGACUGCGCCUCGACGCGCACGCGCAUGCAGAGCGUCUUGCCGCUUGUGCUUCGACGUUGCCGCGCCAUUCUCCAGCGCUUCGCAAAUCCUGUCCCUGUGGGGGGCGAGGCGGGGAGAGCCAGCGACCGCCGCGGAGCCGGCGACCUCGCUCUUGGCCGCUCGAGUCCGGGCGCUUGGACCGUUCCUUCGGCCCUUUCACGCAACCCGCUUCAAGCCUGCGGGCGCUCGCAACUUUUGCUCUUCGUGCUCUCGCGUUUGCGGUCUCUGCGAACCUCGCCUCUCGCGUUCGAAGCCGGCGAAGACGAGAAGGCGGGCGAGGUGUCGGCGUCGGCUUUCGAGGAGAGUGGAAGCCGAGCGCGACUAGCAGGGGACCCCGAGGGCGACGACGCCGAGGCUGUCUCCCUGCGCGUUUCCACUCCGCAGCGGCGCCUCACGAUUCUGCGCGCGUCCGGCUCGAAGGCUCACCUCCUUCUUCUCCUUCCGCAGCUGAUCGCCUGCAUAGGGUGCGACGACAGAUCUGUCCGGAGAGAGAUCCAAGCUGCCCUCGGAAGCCUGUGCAGCGAACUGGGCAUUGAAGAGGAAGCCUCCCUCGGGCGCCUCGCUGCAUGCGCUGCUGGCGUCGCGGCGCCCGGGGCGAAGGCGGGACAGUAG